AAGAUACUCACUCACAUCAACACCUAGAGACGCAAAACAUCCGUCAGAAAAAAUGGUACAGGCUACGAUGCAGUCUUAUAUGGUAGGGGAGAUUGAGACAAGUAUUGAGAUCAAAGCUCCCGCCCAGAAGUACUACCACAUGCUCACCGGAAAACCAAAAGAUCUUCCGGAAGCCAGUCCUGACAACCUUCAGAGAUGUGAUGUGCUCGAGGGAGAGCCUGGAAAAGUUGGCCGUAUUCUCUCCUGGAACUAUGUAACUAAUGGACAGCCAAAGGUGAUGAAGGAGAGGAUCGAGGCACUGGAGCUGGAGAAGAAUCUGAUCGUGGCUAGGGUUAUUGGGGGAGACCUAAUGAAAGAGUUCAAGAACUUCUUCCUCACUAUUCAGGCGACCCCGAAACAAAGAGAACCCGGAAGUGUUGUUAAGUGUCACCUGAGGUAUGAGAGGAUUGACAAGAGGGUGGCUGACCCAGAGGACAUACUCGUGUUGUUUGUCAAUGCAUCCCGAGACAUGGACAAAAUGCUUUCUUCUGAAUUCUAGAGGAUUCUUCGGAAAUCUAUUCAUCCAUCUAUCGAUCUAUCAUCUAUCCGUCCAACUAUAUGUGUCUAUCUAUCUAUAUAUUGUGUCUGGGUGUUUAGUAUAUAUUUCUCAAUAAUGUGAUCUCUCUAUAACUGAAGAGAUCUAAUAUAUGCAAGUAUGUCAUAAAUCAUGCACGAUGCCUAGUGCGUACGUUUGAAGUUGUCAUUUGUAAAGUGUCACUUGUUUUUGUUUUUGCUAAGAAAAGUGUGACUUGUGUGUUGCAGUGA